CGCACAUUGGUCCGUGCAUUUCCACCAAGCUGCCCCGCCCGCUGCUGACUGAUUGCCUCGGAAUUCAGGCCACACACAAAUUAGGGCUCACACCCAAAUUAGCGAUUCGCUGCCGGAAUUUUGUGAGAUCCACCCGCUACCCAGUGCGUCCUGGCCUGCAAAAAACACCAGCAGAAACUCGCCCUCCUCCUGCCGGAACCUGAGAUCGAUCGAGGUACGACAACCAACGACCGACGACAUCACCAUGGCCGACUCUGAUGCCCCCGUAACCCUGCGCACGCGGAAGUUCAUCCGCAACCCUCUGCUCGGCCGCAAGCAGAUGGUCGUGGACAUCCUCCACCCCGGUCGCGCCAACAUCUCCAAGGAGGACCUCCGCGAGAAGCUCGCUGCCCUCUACAAGGCCCAGAAGGAUCAAGUUUCCGUCUUUGGUCUCCGCACCCAGUUCGGUGGUGGCAAGACCACCGGCUUUGCCCUCAUCUAUGACUCCCCCGAGGCCAUGAAGAAGUUCGAGCCCCGCUACAGACUCGUCCGUGUUGGCCUUGCCACCAAGAUUGAGCGUGCUUCCAGACAGCAGCGCAAGCAGCGCAAGAACCGCCAGAAGACCCUCCGCGGUACUGCGAAGGUCAAGGGCCCCAAGCCCAAGAAGGAGAAAUAA